AAAAGUAUACAGUAAAUGGAAAUGAAAGAACUAAAAGCAGUCCAGAAAAAGACUCAAUCGCACAACAGCAGGUGUCUCUUCACUCUCAUGGCUGCUGCGUAUUCCCUCAUUUCUACAUUCUUCUCCAACUCUCCUUCCCCUUCCACCGCAUUUUCUCGCUCCCCAAACACAAAAUCUAUUUUCUCCCUCUCCAGACAUCGGGUGUGCCUCCAUCGGAGCCCUAAUCUCACCACCUUCGCCCUCCACAACCACCACAACCAUUCCUCCCAAGCCCCGCUCUCCUCCGCCCUUGAUUCUCUCCUCGUCCUCUGCACCUCCGUCGCUCUCUCCUUCUCUCUCUUCGUCGCCGAUGUUGACUCCGCCUCCGCAUUUGUGGUCACAGCUCCCCGAAAAUUGCAGAACGAUGAGCUCGCUACUGUUCGGCUGUUUCAGGAGAAUACGCCAUCUGUUGUCUACAUCACCAACCUCGCUGCCAGGCAGGAUGCAUUCACAUUGGAUGUGUUGGAAGUGCCGCAGGGGUCUGGUUCAGGUUUUGUGUGGGAUAAGGAUGGUCACAUUGUCACAAAUUAUCAUGUAAUUCGCGGUGCAUCUGAUCUCAGGGUUACUCUUGCUGACCAGACAACUUAUGAUGCAAGAGUCGUUGGAUUUGACCAAGACAAAGAUGUUGCUGUUUUGCGUGUUGAUGCACCAAAGGAGAAGCUGAGACCCAUACCUGUUGGUGUCUCUGCAGACUUGCUUGUUGGCCAGAAAGUCUAUGCUAUUGGGAAUCCGUUUGGACUUGAUCAUACUCUUACAACUGGUGUUAUCAGUGGGCUUAGGAGGGAAAUCAGUUCUGCUGCUACGGGCCGUCCAAUUCAGGAUGUUAUACAGACGGAUGCUGCUAUUAAUCCUGGUAAUAGUGGAGGACCACUUCUUGAUAGUUCGGGAAGCCUUAUCGGGAUAAAUACAGCUAUAUAUUCUCCCUCUGGUGCAUCUUCUGGUGUCGGAUUUUCAAUUCCAGUUGACACUGUAAGCGGCAUUGUCGACCAAUUGGUGAGGUUUGGAAAAGUCACAAGACCUAUUUUAGGAAUUAAGUUUGCGCCUGAUCAGUCUGUGGAGCAGUUGGGUGUAAGUGGGGUCCUUGUUUUAGAUGCUCCUGCAAACGGUCCUGCUGGCAAAGCGGGCCUACUACCAACCAAACGUGAUGCCUAUGGCAGACUUAUUUUAGGUGACAUCAUAACAUCGGUGAAUGGAAAAAAGGUUUCCAAUGGAAGCGACUUGUACAGAAUUCUUGACCAGUGUAAAGUGGGUGACACGGUAUGCUUCCUUCAACCCAUCCGCUAUAUUAUUGUUUCUGCUUGUGUGAUUUUGACCAAUAAUAAUGUUUUUCAAAAAUUAAAACUUGCAUGUGUUUAGAGCUUUAAAAUUGCCAUAAUCUGAUGGAGGUAGCACAUUUGAACCCAUUCUCCAGGUUGUAGCUCUGUAGGAACUUUUAUUUUAUUAUUAUUAUUUUUAUUUUAUUUUCAAGAAGCAGUGAACUUCCUCUUUAGGCAACAUUGGGAGGUGAUUACUGAACCCUUGGUUCACAAAAAAUGAUUUCCUUGAAGUUCCCACAAACAUCAAAAGCAUAAUCCGUGGGAUCUUUUUCUCAUGUGCGCAUCUUGGGCAUGACAAACCACCUUAAAAACUGUUGUGCAUGAAUGUUGAAGGCUGACUUACAUCAAAACCUAUUAAUAAUAGCUAAGUAUUGAUUGUGUUGAGAUACUCAGGUGACUGUGGAGGUGUUGCGCGGUGACCACAUAGAGAAAAUCCCUGUACUCCUUGAGCCAAAGCCCGACGAGUCUUAAAGACUCUUAGAUGAAAACAAAAAACAAAAUCAUGGACACGAGAAAAUGCCAAUUGCUUUUUGUGUAUUAAUUGUUUCACACCAAAUGAUGUUGUAAAUAUUCCAUCCAUGUUUUAUACAUAUUUACUACUGAGUACAAAAAACUUAUCCUCUGAUCA